AUGAAUAUCGAUUAUAUUUCCGCCCAAGCUUUCGGCAGUUGGUCCGCAGACCAAGCAAACCUUGCAGCAUUCGCUGUCGCGAUUCUGUUUCUAUUUUCUGUCAUCGCCAUUGGUAUUUACCGAAUUUGGUUUCAUCCGCUCUCGGUAUUUCCUGGUCCAAAACAUCUAGCCAUCACCAGUCUCCCAGAGCAAUGGAACAGCCACAUACGGGGAACCUGGUUUCGUGAAGUUGCCAACCUCCACCGGCGCUACGGACCCAUUGUGCGCACCGGCCCAAAUCGAAUUGCUCUCGACGGCAGUAUUGGCUGGCCACAAGUCUUUGCCCACAAGACUGGCAUGCCAGAGUUCACCAAGAGCCCAGAUUUCAACUUCAAGGGUGAUUACCACAGCAUGAUUGGAGCAAGUACCACCGAGACUCAUCGCCGCCAACGACGCACACUUGCGCAUGCCUUUAGUGAUGCCGCUCUGAAGGAGCAGGAAACCAUCAUCACCAAGUACAUUGACCUCCUUCUGGAUCAACUGGGCAAGAAGACUGAAAAUGGUUCCACUGUCAAUAUUGUCGACUGGCUGAACUUCACCACCUUUGACAUUAUUGGGGACUUGACCUUUUCUGACCCAUUCCACAGUCUCGAAGGUGGAGUCUAUAGUGCUUUUGUCCUCAAUUUCUUCAAAGGAGUCCGUGGUGGCGCGAGGCAUCGUCUGAUGACCUUUUAUCCCCUGAUGAAGCCCAUUAUCUACUUGAUUUUUGGCAAAGAGGAUUUGGCCAUUGAAAAGGCAACUCGAGAAAUGGGAAUGGCCAAGGCUCAAUCGCGCAUGUCUCUCGGUGCCGAACCCAAGGAUGGCCGUCGGGACUUUUCCAGCUAUAUGCUGGCCAAGGAUCACAACGGGGCAAAGAAGAUGAGUGAUUUCGAGGUCCUCUUCAACAGCCCCAUCCUUAUUGGAGCGGGAAGUGAAACAACCGCCACAGCGUUGUCGGGGUUCAUCUUUUAUGUGGGAAGCAACCCUAUCGUGUAUGAGCGCCUUGUUCACGAGGUGAGGGACGCAUUCAAUGACGAAGGAGAGAUCAACAUGAACAGUGCGGGUAGGCUAGAGUACCUCCACGCUGUUCUUGAGGAGAUACUGCGCGUCUACCCACCCGCAGCUGAGACGCCCCCCAGAAUCAGUCCUGGGGCAUAUAUUGAAGGCAAAUGGAUUCCCAAAGGAACCUACUGCUCCGUGUACCAAUGGGCAACUUUCCGCAAUCCCGACAACUUCGCGAAUCCCGACUCUUUCGUCCCUGAACGAUGGCUCCCUGCCUCGCAUCCUUUGUAUGACCCCAUCUACUCUAAUGACGACAAGGCAGUAUUCAAGCCGUUCAGCUUUGGUUCUCGCGACUGUAUUGGCAAGAACCUAGCAUACUCUGAGAUGCGGGUGGUGGCCGCCAGAUUGCUAUACCGGUUCGAUUAUGAGCUAGCUCCAGGACAAGAAAAGUGGCACGAAUCCCAACACACGUUUGUGGUUUGGAGCAAGGGUGCUCUGAACAUUCACUUGAGGCCUCGAAAGGAUAACUGA